UUUCACCGGAGGAGCAUUAUAUCGGACCACCUCGAAGAAGAAGAAGAAGAAGAAGAAGAGAGACUUGUUGCUUCAACACGUUUUCACGGGCUUUUCCCCCUUUUUUUAAAUCGCCAUCGAAGUUUUGUGUCUCUCCCUAGUCUGCUCCAGGCGUCAGCUUGGAGAGCCCAACCGCCACGAUUGAUCCCAGCAGCUGGAGCGGCAGCGAGAGCCCUGCCGAGGACAUGGAGAGGAUGAGCGACUCGGCAGACAAGCCCAUGGACAACGAUGCCGAGGGGGUGUGGAGCCCUGAUAUUGAACAGAGCUUCCAGGAGGCCCUGGCCAUCUAUCCUCCAUGUGGACGCAGGAAGAUCAUCCUCUCUGAUGAGGGAAAGAUGUAUGGUCGAAAUGAGCUGAUAGCCAGAUACAUCAAGCUGCGGACCGGGAAGACGAGGACUCGGAAGCAGGUGUCUAGUCACAUACAGGUCUUAGCAAGAAAGAAAGUUCGAGAAAUCCAAGCUGCCAUUAAGGUACGUCUGGCUUUGCCCAGUUGCAGGGGGCUUUUCAUUGCCAUGGUUACAGGCUCUUCCUUUGUUUUCCUCCCCUCCCCUACCCCGCAGGUGUCUAGUCACAUUCAGGUUCUUGCCAGAAGGAAAUCUCGUGAGUUUCAUUCCAAGCUAAAGGUUACGAGCAUGGACCAAGCCGUGAAGGACAAAGCCCUCCAGAGCAUGGCCUCCAUGUCCUCGGCUCAGAUCGUCUCUGCCACGGCUAUUCACAACAAGCUGGGCCUGCCAGGCAUCCCGCGUCCAGCCUUCCCUGGAGCAGGGUUAUGGCAGGGUAUGAUAACUGCUGGUCAGCCAGGAUCCUCACAAGAUAUUAAGCCUUUCACCCAGCAAGCCUAUCCCAUCCAGCCAGUCACAACAUCCAUUUCAAGUUACGAGACCACAGCAGCUCCAGGUCCCACGGCACCAGCAUGGCAGGGCCGCUCCAUCGGUACAUCUAAACUCCGACUGGUGGAGUUCUCCGCCUUCCUAGAGCAACAGAGAGACCCAGACUCAUACAACAAGCACCUAUUUGUACAUAUCGGACAGACGAAUCAUUCCUACAGUGACGCCCUGCUGGAGUCUGUGGACAUUCGUCAAAUUUACGACAAAUUCCCAGAAAAGAAAGGAGGACUGAAGGAGCUGUAUGGAAAAGGUCCCCAGAAUUCCUUCUUCCUUAUAAAAUUCUGGGCGGACUUGAACUGCAACAUUCAAGAUGAUACUGGAUCUUUCUACGGAGUCACGAGUCAGUACGAGAGCUCGGAGAACAUGACCAUUACGUGUUCAACAAAGGUCUGCUCCUUUGGCAAGCAGGUGGUCGAGAAAGUUGAGACUGAAUAUGCACGGUUUGAGAAUGGACGCUUUGUCUACCGGAUAAGCCGGUCUCCCAUGUGUGAAUACAUGAUCAACUUCAUCCAUAAACUAAAACAUCUGCCAGAGAAAUAUAUGAUGAACAGCGUGCUGGAGAACUUCACUAUCUUAUUGGUGGUGACGAAUAGGGACACCCAGGAGACGCUGCUAUGUAUGGCGUGUGUGUUUGAGGUUUCAAACAGUGAGCACGGCGCCCAGCAUCAUAUCUACAGACUGGUAAAAGAAUGAAUAGUCCCCCCCUCUUUUCAUGGACUUACCAACCUCAAGACAAGUGGCAGUGCCUCUACCUGAAAGUCACACCUACAAUGCUUUUUGGUCAUGGUAUCGGGUGAAGUCAGUUGUUAUAAAAUUUGUUUUAAUAUAAAGUGUUUGUUAUUUGACUGCAGCUGUGAAUUGCGGUACAGUUGUUUUAUGUUUAAAUACGGGAAUUCUCGUUUAAAAUAUGUUGAGUUGGUCUCCGUUGGGUAUAAAUGUGGCCGUUUUUAAAGAAUUUACUAGAUUAAUUUGGUAAAUGGAAAUAUGUGUCGUCUUCUUCUGCUUUGUUAUGUAGACUAAGAAAAAAAAAAAAAGGAUGCUGACCUUUUCUUUCAGCGGCCUGACGUGGUCUGUGUAAUAUGUUUGAGUGUGUUUCGUGUGUCUGUAAUUCAUAAUUUGUGAGCGUACAUACUGUAGAUAUACAGACAUGCACCCACAGCCAAUAGACUUUCCAAAGAAACUAAACUAACACAACACUACAUAGACAAUGGAAGCAAGCGGUUAUGAAUAUUGCAGAAUUACUGCUAUUACUUUAAGGAAAACUCAGCUUUCAGUCGUAUAUUUAUCCCUGUUGAAGCACUCCCAAGUCUUAGACACUAACAACAGAAUGAAUGCACUGUGAAAAUACUACAAACAUUUUGCCUGCAUCUGCUCCAUAAUCGUGGGAAGUUUUACCACCUGCUCAGCAUUUCUGUGCUUUCUCUGUGACAACUGAUAGGAGAAAUUUUAGGUUUUAGACAGGUGAAAGUUCUGCGAAAAAUUACUCAAAACAGACUCUCAUCUUGUCCAAAAGCACUUUGCUCCCCUUCCUGGACUUGCCUUAGUGAUGCUUACUUUUUUUCUGUUAGAUCUGUGGUUUUAGAGCAACACUUUAAAUAAUCACAACACUAUAAAUCACAUGUAGACAGCAGGCCUUGUUCAGUAUGCUGUGACUUUGCCCCCCCUGAAAGACUCUCAGAUUAUCGUUCCCCUCUGGGAUCGCGGUGUAAAAACUCCAGAGUGGUGCUGCCUUCACGUUCACACUAUGUUCACAUGUUUCUGUGGCCUACGCCGAUCCCGAGCCUUAAACAUGUUAUAGCUGUGAGAACUCCAAAAGAUGCCACUUAAACUGUGAUCUCUCUACACGGGAAGACUCUUUAUAUGUUUGCAUUGUGUAAGAAAUUCACAAUCCUAUCUGCCAAAGUGUAGAUGUACAGUGCCUUAGAAUACACUCUAACAUUACCCUUUGCUUUAAAAUCAGUUUUGUGGAUCAAACAGUCAAAAAUAACUCACCGCUAUAUUACUUGGUACAUCUUCACACCUGAGAAAUUAUGUUUCUUAUAAUUGGUACACUCCUAGAAAUACAGUUUUUGUUGUCAUGAAAAGGCACUUAUGUUAAAUUAAGUUUGCAAAUUUAAACAGUUAUAACACAGGUUAUAUUUUUCUCUAAUGCUGUAAUAUGUUCCUAAAAUAUCAGCCAUUUUUCUAAGAGUGUACUAUAAUCACAGACUGACUGCCUUUCCUGUCGUAAAAAGACCAAAAAUAAUGAGAUACAGUCAAUCAUCUGUCCUGUCCUGCAUGGUAGCAAGGAAGUGCCUUUGGUUUAAAACUCCCAGCUUCAAAAAGAUCAAACAGAAAUUAAAAAUUAAAUGUUGCUAGACCAAAAAAGACAUAAGUGAAACCAAUCACCACAUUGCCUUUUUAAAGGAUUGUAAUGGCAGCAGGAGGAAAGCUGGUAACCGGUAACAUAAACAAAUAAAUGAUACAGUAUAUUCAUUUUUAUCACAUUGUAAAUUGAUUUCACAACUGACGUAUUUGAAGAAAACCUAUUUCUUUGCUUGAGGUCAAAGACCUGCUGAUAACGUACAGCCUCUGACUGCAUGCAGGAUGUCAACUCAUCGGUAUGAACACUGCAGCGGUUUGCUUCGUGCACACUUGCAGGUUCAAGUGUUUAAAAAAAAAAGGUUUUUGGAAACAUGGUUUCCUCUCUCCCGAUGUGAAAGCAUCACAAUGUGACCUUUGAUGAUGCAGCAGACACAGCUGUGAUGUCGACGACACAAACUCGUAAUUUAUCUUUCAGAACGAAAAGGGAACGUUUAUUUAAUAGUAAUUCUACGCUACAAAUUCUAAAAUAACCGUUUUAAUGCGGUUAAAAAAACAUGUUUCAGAAACUAAUUUUUCACAACUGUGUGGACGAGGCCGUCGAGGUUAAUACUUUUCACCGUAAGGACCAUAGCUACUCACUGUUUCUUACAAAAGCAUAUAAUCAUCUAAAGUAUUUUAAUGGAAGAAGCUCUAAAUAAUUGCAGACAAUGUCUCUGGUGGAUGCAGAUAAAGUUCAAUCAAUCAUUCAGUAUUUUGCCACAGUCCUGUGGACACUGUGGAGUUUUAAUAGGCUUUUUUGUUUCCUUAUGUUUACCCUGUGUAUCCGUUCACAUUUAUUGAUUACUUAGUGAGAUGUUUUCUUAUUGUACUUGUAUACAGUUGUACUUGGUUUUGUGAUGACAUCGUCUGUAUAUUGCAAGCCCAAUAAGAUGGUAAUGAUGUUGCUGCUGCACUGCUGGUACAUUUUGACAUGUCGUUUCAACACUAAAACAGCAGGACUGAUGCCUUCGAUGGCACGAAUGUUUGAAGAGAAAAUGGACACAUUUAAAAAAAUUAAAAAAUAAAUUAAAUAAAGUCGAGGAAUCAUGCUACAAACAUAUCAGCAGUUUAGCUCUUGUUAUUUGUAAUUCUGUCGAAAGAGUAGGUACUGGUACCUUUUUGUUUUAUGACCAUUUUCAGAUGGUGGCUUUAAAGUGAUUUUUCACAUUUAGCUCACAUGUAGUUGUCAUACACACAUUUGGGUUUUGUGUGCAGACUUGUUUUUUUGUAAAAAGGUGCUUUGUACAAAAUGAUAUAUAUCUUAGCUUUUCUUGGUACAGAUGAUGUGUGAUAUCUUUUCGUAUCCAAGUGUUGGAGCAAAGGAGAGAAAAGAAGCUCUGCUAUGUCUCUGUGUUCUGCAUUAUGGUCUUGUCUUUGCUCCGUAACAAUUAUGAUGCCUUCUUGAUAAUAGUAGAUAUUUUGUAGCUUUCUAGAUACUUUGUAUGUAUGCAAUAUUGAAGUUAAAUAAAUCUGAAAAGAUA